AUGUCGCACCAUAUGCUACAGUGGUAUGACCAAACAACGCAUGGAGCCGCCGGCCUACAGAUACGGUACGAUUUUAUCCAUUUACCUGGCGGGGCUCAAAUCCUCGAGAUUCCAACCAUGCAACAACCCGAUUGCAAGCAAGCAUUCUUGUGA